CACUGCGCAUCAAAGUUUAUUACAUUCCCUUUCGAGCGCCGGAAUAUCCGGUUUUUAUUUCUUCUCUCAACGCGAUAAGAUGGCUGACCAGAAUGUCAAGUCGUUUCAAAAGCAACCAACAAUCUUUCUUAAUCGAAAGAAAGGAUUAAGUAAAAGGCGUAAGCCUAUGAGGUACAGCCGUAAUAUAGGACUUGGGUUUAAAACUCCUCGUGAAGCCAUUGAAGGUACAUAUAUUGAUAAGAAGUGUCCGUUUACUGGUAAUGUUUCUAUACGUGGUAGAAUAUUAACAGGAGUUGUUCAGAAGCUUAAAAUGCAACGGACAAUCGUUAUUAGAAGAGAUUAUUUACAUUAUAUACGAAAAUACAAUCGUUUUGAGAAACGACAUCGUAAUAUGAGUGUUCACCUCAGUCCUUGUUUUAGAGAUGUUGAAAUUGGAGAUGUCGUUACAAUUGGAGAGUGCAGACCUUUGAGCAAAACAGUACGAUUCAAUGUAUUAAAAGUAUCGAAGGGAACUGGAGCAAAAAAGAGCUUCAAAAAGUUCUAGGUUACACCACAUAAAGCAAACUACCCUUACAUCUGGAGAGAAGAUUCAUAUAGAAAUAUUCAUUAUUACAUAAAUGUAUGUAAAAAUGGCUUACAAAAUGAAUCAAUGAUUAAUGUAAUAAUUAAUAGUUGCAUUAAUAAGCAAAUGGAAUAAAAUGGACUUUCAUACUGUA